CCUGCAUCCCCCGGGAGCGGCCUGGGCGCGGGCCCGGCCUCAGUUUCCCCCGUGCGGCCCGGCGCGGGCGAUGGCGUCUCCGAGUCGGGGGGCCGGCGGGCGCGGGGCCGGCGGCGGCUCAGGGGCGGGCCCGCGGGGAGCGUCCGCCUGGGGGCCGGUCCCCGCCUACCUCGGAGUCCGCUUGUCGCCGCGCUGGCCCCGUCCCCGUCCCCGUCCCGGUCCCCGGCCCCGUCCCCAUCCCCGUCCCGGUCCCCGUCUCCAUCCCCGUUCCCGUUUCCAUCCCCGUCUCCAUCCCCGUUCCCAUCCCCGUUCCCAUCCCCGUUCCCAUCCCCGUUCCCGUUUCCGUCCCCCCCGUCCCCGCGCCCCUGCCCCUCCGCCGCCCGCGCUCGCCGACCUACAUCCGCGCCCCCUCCCCGAGGAUGCGGAGGACGCGCGGCUCCGCCCGGGGCCUGCUCCCCCCGCCGCGUCCUCUCCCGGCCUCAGUGUCCCCGAGGGGCCGCGGCCGCCGCAGCCAUCUUGCCGCCCUCCCCCGCGCCCCUCCCCCCGCGCGGCCGCCCGCCGUCGCCAUGGGAACCGGGUGCUUCGGGGCUGGGAGCAGAUGCGCCCUGUUUGGCCUCUCGGCCCCCCCGGCCCUGGAGGAGGACGAGGACGCCCCGCAGUCGUGACUCGCGGCCGCCGAGCUCCCCACUGGCCCCUCCGCGCGGGGCUCCCCGGCCCCGGGGUCGGCGGGGCGGGGCGGGGCGGGGCGGGGCGGCCGGGGCUCUGGCCCUGGAGCGGCGCGGAGCGGGAGGCCGCCGCCGCUGAGAGCCCUGCCCCCCCAGGCCCGUCCCGCGCCCAGAUGCAGCCCACGCCCUCCAUGGCCACCGCCGCCAGCGCCGCGGCCACGGCCGCGCUGACCUCGAGGUGGGACAACGCCACCGGCAGCCCCACCGCGGAGCCCGACCCGGUGGGGGACAACUACGUGCUGCUGGUGGUGGUCCUGUCGCUGUUCGUGGGCGGCUCGCUGGUGGUGCUGUCGGGGGUGCUGCUCCUGUGCAAGCGCUGCUGGGAGGUCCACCGGCGCCUCGACAGGGCCACCGAGGAAGCCGAGAAGACCACCACCACCUACCUGGACAACGGCGCCCACCCAGCCCAAGACCCCGACCUCAGGGGGGAGGACCCGGAGGGCCAGGACGCGGAGACGGAGCGCUUCCUGUCCACGAGCUCCACGGGCCGCCGGGUGUCCUUCAACGAGGCGGCCCUGUUCGAGCAGAGCCGGAAGUCGCAGGACAAGGGCCGCAGGUACACCCUGACGGAGGGGGACUUCCACCACCUGAAGAACGCCCGCCUCACCCACCUGCACCUGCCACCCCUCAAGAUCAUCACGAUCCAUGAGUGCGACUUGGGUGAAGCCAGUGCAACGCCCCCCCCCCACGCCGUCACGGCCCCCAAGGCCAACCUUGCCAUAUUCCAGCCCCCGGGGAAGGCCCUCACCGGCCGCUCCGUGGGCCCCAGCUCCGCCCUGCCAGGUGACCCCUACAGCUCAGCCGUGGGCCCUGCCGACUUCGAGAUCAGCCCCUUGGCAUCCAGCGACUGCGGGGAAGGCACCCGGGUGAGGGCCCCCGAGCGGCCCCCGCCCUCCCUGCCCCCUUCCAGGACAGAGUCGGACGCAGGUACGAGGAGCGCCAUGGCCGUGGGGCCGGGGGCCACGAGCGGGCCCGGGGAGGCCGGCCCAGGCUCCGGGGCAGGACCUGUCCUGCAGUUCUUCACCCGCCUGCGGCGCCACGCCAGCCUGGACGGGGCGAGCCCCUACUUCAAGGUCAAGAAAUGGAAGCUGGACCCCAGCCAGCGGGCAUCCAGCCUGGACACCAGAGGCUCCCCCAAGCGGCACCACUUCCAGCGGCAGCGGGCAGCCAGUGAGAGCACGGAGCAGGAGGAGGGCGACGCCCCCCACAUGGACUUCAUCCAAUACAUCGCCAGCGCAGGCGACACUGUGGCCUUCCCGCCCCCCCACCCCUUUCUGGCCAGCCCCACCAGCCCAUCCCCCACUCUCGGCAGGCUAGAGGCAGCCGAGGAGGCGGGCGCCGCGGGAGGAGCGAGCCCCGAGUCCCCCCAAGAGCGCAGCGGCGCGGGCGAGCAGCAGGAAUCUGAUGGUGAGCGGGACUCGGGCCCAGAGCAGGCCCAGACCAGCUACCGGGACAUCUGGAGCCUGCGCGCCUCCCUCGAGCUGCACGCGGCUGCCGCCUCGGACCACAGCAGCAGCGGCAACGACCGCGACUCGGUGCGCAGCGGCGACAGCUCGGGCUCGGGCUCCGGGACCGCCGCGCCCACGUUCCCGCCGCCGUCGCCGUCGCCGCCGCCCCCGCCACGGCCCGCGGACAGCGAGGCGGGAGGGCCGCGGAAGCUGCUGCAGAUGGACAGCGGCUACGCCAGCAUCGAGGGCCGCGGCGCGGGCGAGGACGGGCUCCCCAGCGCGUCCGAGAAGCGCUCGUCCUUCACCAGCGCCGGCCGCACGACCACCGUGGGCAGCAGCUUCGAGGCGGCGCCGGCGUCCGCCGAGGCGCCCGCCCGGCCCCGCAGCCCGCGCGCCUGGCCCCGCCGCGCCCCGCGCCGCGACUACAGCAUCGACGAGAAGACGGACGCGCUCUUCCACGAGUUCCUGCGCCACGACCCGCACUUCGACGACGCGCUGCCCUGCGCCGCCCGUCACCGCGCCCGCGCGCACCCGCACCCGCACCCGCACGCGCGCAAGCAGUGGCAGCGCGGCCGGCAGCACAGCGACCCCGGGGCGCGCGCCGUCCCCACCGCGCCCGCGGCCCCCUUCGGCCCCGACCCGCGCCCCCCACGCGCGCCCCUGCGCCGCGGCGACAGCGUCGACUGCCCGCCCGAGGGCCGCGCGAGCGAGGACCCCGCCGUGCCCGCCAUCCCGGUCAUCGAGGAGGAGCCCGGCGGCGGCGGCGGGCCCCCGGGGACGCUGCUGGACAAGCUGGCGGCGGGCCUCGAGGACAGACUGUUCCCGCCACGCGGCGCCCAGCCCCUCGCCGCGGCCCCUGCCCCUGCGCUGGCCGUCGCCGCCGCGCCCACGUCUCCCGACCACGGCCCGGCCUAAGCCCCGCAGGCCCGCUGCCGCCGCCGCCGCUCGCGCUCGCCUCGGGGCCCCAGGCGCUCGGCCCCGCGGCCUCUCCUGGGGGGGCGGACCGGAGGGGGCGGGCAGGGUGG